AAUCAAUCCACAGUAUUUUAAGAUCUUCAAGAUUGUUGAUUCUUGCCUAUGGAUUGUUUGCAGAUCACGCCAGCAACGCUAAGCGAGGAGGAAGUGCCGCCAUGACUAAUUGUGUGUAGGUUCUUCAACGAAGGGUUACCGCACAGAUGAAUAAAUCAGCCAAGUCUAGUGCAGGGGCGGCACCUGUCACCGGAUCUCACGCUAAUGGAAUUCAUCGUGAGCCGAAAAACAUGAUUUUCGAGGAGAAAUCAUUGUUUAUAGGACGCUUUCUAUAAUAAAGUAUUCGAGACUGCCAACGUACGGAAGCUUCCUCAUGGGCCUUUUGUCAUCGUCAGAUGGCCAGAGGCCUCGCCUACUGGGCCUUUUGCAGAGAUAUUCGACUGUGCUCUGUUUGCUCCUCUACCCCAUUGGUCUGAUUCUUUUUGCGGGUUUAGCCUGGAAGCCAUUAAACGAGCGCACCUAUUUCUCAGAUAAUUCAUUGCUCCCAGGGAUGGUCGAACGUGCGUCACGAAUUGCGGGUAAUGCCGAAUCUCUUCUGGAAUCCCUGGAGUUAGAGGUAGCUGAGCAUCCAGGUCUUCCAACUGCGUGGCUGGCCGGCGAGUUUCGUCGGGCAGGCCUUGAGGUAUAUCGGCACAAUUUUUCACUUGCAUACCCUUUUGGCACACGCCAGCUGUAUCACGGUGAGAAUCUCUACGCAAUCAUGAGAGCACCGCGUACUUCGCGGACUGAAGCCAUCGUCAUUUCUGUGCCAUUUCGUAAUUCCGCAUCACCCCACGGCUCCACUUUAGCCUCUAUCGCUGCGGUGCUUGAUUUAGCAAAGCAUUUUCGUCGACAGCUAUAUUGGUCGAAGGACAUCAUAUUUGUAAUUACAGAGCAUGAAUUAGUAGGGCUGCAGGCUUGGCUUGACGCUUACCACCUCGUCGAAACCUCACCUGGAGUAAUUUUACCUGGUUAUUUAGAGGCUCGUUCUGGAUCUAUAAUGGCUGCAGUGAACCUCGAGUUACAGGACAAGCAUAUUGAUCAGAUUGAUGUAAAAAUUUUUGGGCUCAAUGGUCAGCUCCCAAAUUUGGACCUCGUGAAUACCUGUAAGGAUCUUCUUCUCCGGGAGCGUGUGCCCUAUGUGCUUGAAGGUCGUGUGGACCCUGAAGAGUCAAGGUCUUUCCACGGUUGGAAGCAUGCGGCCACCAACUUCGUGUCUCAAAUCGCUAUACAGGCCACCGGGGCGCCGUCAGCCGGCCACGGUUUAUUUCAUAGGUUCGCGAUACAAGCCUUGACUCUUCGUGGUGAACCCAAAGUUCCUGGAUAUCGGCACGUAGGUCUGACUCCGGUUGGUCGGGUGGUUGAGGGCCUGGUGCGCUCCGUCAAUAAUCUCUUACAGAGGUUCCAUCGAUCAUUUUUUUACUACUACCUUCCAUCGAGUGAUCGCUACGUCUCCAUCGCAUAUUAUAUGACUGCGUUUGGUUUUUUAACAGGGGGUGUGCUUUUUAAAGCUCUGGCGCUUCUACUGGAGUUGAUGGACCAGCAUCCAUCAGUAUAUCUUACUCUACUAUGGCGGGCAUUACCCUUCGUACUAGGUCUAGAGGCAUUAGGUGCUGGCCUCUUUAGUCUAGUAACGCAUGGGGUAGACAUCGUGAAGCACCUGGUGCCUCUCUAUACUCAGGACGCUUUGUAUGUGUUUACAGUUGCAGCAUCUAGUUCUCUGCUACUUACACCUCUAUUUAUUAGGAACGCGGUGCACCCUUUAGCGCAACGUUUAUUGAUGUACCUGCAUUUCCUUCUUUUAGUGGCGCCACUGUCGAUGCUAAAUAUAUCAUUGGGAACAAUUGUAGCUGCACUGGGCGUACCCGUGGUCCUUACCGCGGGCGUGAACUGUCCUUUGCCUAUCCGGAUUAUGCGUCGCUUGUUACAGUUUGUGACCAACCCGUUGCUUUCCUCGUUAUUACUUAUAUUUUGCUAUGCGGUCGUAUCCGAAACCGGGAGUCUCAAAAUUGAAAACACUGAACAAUUAUAUCGAGCUUUAAAUCAAGCAUUACAGGGUCAUCGUCGGCUAUUUUUGUUUGCUUUAGAGGAUUGGUAUAUGUAUGGGGCGGUAACAUACCCGCUAUUUUGCCUUGGAUUUCUUCCCGUUUGGUCCCACAUGUGGACGUUAUAAAUAAUAAAGAUAUUUGACAUGAGAAAUGCUUUAACUUUUUUGCAGUGUAAAUAUUAUAAAAUGAAACAAAUAAAGACCUUAAGGUAAAAAUGAACGUAGAUCAUGGGCAAAAAUAUGUAUUUUAGCAGGUAUUACGGCUUGAAAAGGAGUCAUCACUAGGAAAACUGACUUGGACCUGUUUACUCAAAGUGGCAUGUAGUUUGAGGGAACUUUUCUGAGGGAUAAUACCAUUGUUUCACUAUUUAUAUUUGGCUAUUAAAUAAGUUUAUCUGUUUAUACAUAGGAUUUUAUUAAAGGAUUACACAAUAUAGGUUUCAAAUAAUAAGUUUGUUAUUUAGUCUUACCCUUAAUUUAUUCAACGUUUUUUUCUCACUCAAUAUUCAUUAUAUAAUAUUUAUUUUCACACCUGUUUAAUUUCAAAACGUUUGCAAUGGAGAAAACAUCAUGCAGUCCAGUUCAGCCAAAAUUCAGUGAACCAGAAUUGGCCAGAAUGUAGUCGCCUACGUCCUGCAUUGACCAUUUAAAGUUCUUAAGGCGUUGCUAACUCAUGUUAUUAGGCACUGGCGUGAUACCGUCAUUCAGCAUUUUUUUUUUUAAUAAAAACCAAAGUUAAAAUAUCAAAAAGUUAGAGCUAAUUAAAAAGUCAAAACAGAACAACUAAAUUUAAACCGUUAAAAAGGUAAACGAAACAAUAACGGAACCAGCAGAAUACAAUAUAUUAAAACUAUAGUUUUAAACGUAAAAUUAGAUAAAUCCGAACACUCCACGGCGUUGAUUAUAUUGUCGUUGAUAUUGAUUGGACUUGUUUGGUUCCUUGAUGUUUCAUCCAGUUUAAAGAAAUUAUAGUACAUACAAUCACUUAUAGAGUUAGCUCACCUUAUCCAUUGUCCGUUUAGUAUUUCAUCAAUCUGUUGUAAUAUAAAAAACAGUUUCCGCUAUAUUCAGUUCAAACUGUAGUUCAACUGCAUCCUACACCUUCACACUAAUCCCGUUGCAAACUUCAUAAGAUCUUAUAGUACCAGUAUAGUAUCUUAUAGUAUCUGGUACUUCGUUGCAACUAUGUCGUUACAGUAACCCCAGCUCUUUUCUCAGUCAAUCCAUUAGCAACAUUCGUUUUGCUCUUUCGCUGGAAUCUUGUGAUAGCCUAGCUACAAUACUUCCAUGUUUAUCACAUUAGCAUAUAGCAUUUGAUCCAUGUUAUAUCUGACUUUAAACCCUGUUGACAAUUUUCUACUUUACGUCAGUGACCCCAUCACAUUGGUGCAAUUAUUCUAUAUUUCUGUGUUCGUAGGUAAUUUUCCUGUUGGAAUGAAUGUAUCAAAAACCUUGUAACUAUGUUGCAAUAAAUCCGUUAGUACGUUAACGUCUG